AUGGAUGCGAUCGCCAGUCUUCAGAUGCUGAAGGACCGGUUGUUGGACCACAAAUCAGAGGCGCCCAUGCAUUGCCUCUUCCUUUACGACAGUGGGAAGUACUGUACCUUCGAUUGCUCAGAGUACCCAGGCGAUCAUCCGAGGAUAUUCAGUAAGGCAAUCAAACGCCUGGCCAAGGAAAUAAACGAUGUUUCCAAGCCCGAUUUUAUUGAUGUGUCGAGGGCUGUGUUCUUCUGUUACACUCAUGAUUUGAAGACACUUAAGACAUAUCGGAAACACCUCGAGGCGCUCUGGGACGACGCGUCAAGCGAGAUGAGGAGUGAGCUUUGGAAUGGGCUCCAUAAGAGGAUCCACAGCAUCCCUCUACCAGCCACGCCACGACGCAAUCGCCCUCGACCCGUGAACACCAACAGCGCUCCAUCGAACAUACCCUCCAUAGAUUCUCAUAGCGAGGUUGGAUGUAUACCUUCAACUGUAGAUAUGGACAUCGAGACUCCAUCGCGCCCGCAGACCGCACAAGCUAAACUCAACACUGGUAUAAGCUACUCGGAUGAUCGGACUACUCCGAUCCCAUUUCGGGGUUACGGUGGUGUGACUUGUAAUGUAGAUCCAUUUGCCGUCAACCAAGACUCUGGAGAUUCGGAGCCGCGAAGCUUGGGUCAAAUGGAUGAAGAUGGGGGUCCCCUGGACUGCAGAUCUACUACAGCUGCAAAAAGGGAAUCUUUACCGCGUCAGGAUAAGGAACCGCGGGCGCAGUGUGUGCAAGAGGACACACUUCCUAUCGAUGCUGGCGCUUCUGGUAAUCCCGAAACGAAGCUGAAUGAGAACCAUGCACAGUUUACCAAUCCAAAUGCAGGAUCAAGUGCAGAUGCAAACACUCAGACUGGGUCCACAUUCGAGAUUGGCACGAGCAUAUUUGGCCACAUUAACGCUUCGACCUCAAGCCAAGAAUUCUCGUUCAGCUUCGAAUUCAGCAAGCUCUCAUUGGAAUGUGAAACAAAGAUUAGAAAUGAUCCUUCCUUGGUUCGGAUCUCCGAAAUGUCUAACGUAGCAGGAAAUCGCAAGGGAAUACAACCUCUCAACAACGUACUAGAGCAUCCAGCGGAAAGGUCCUAUCAAACCAUAUUUGAGAAGUUACAGAUCCAGGACGACCGUGUCGAUGGAAAUGACACAAGAGCAACGAGAAGCCGUAGCCGGUCGCCAGCUCCGCCAAGGCAGACUGUGCAAGAUGCUCAGGCUUCUGUGGGACUUCCCGUGAGUGAGCUUGAAUCCGAAAAGAUCCCUAGGUCCACUUCAGCCCGGAGAAUAUCCUCAGAGAAAACACCAAGAUUGCCGGAGACAGGAAAAAUCGACUCCGAGGCGCCGCUUUGUGGCACUGGACGAUCACGGCACAACAAGCCGUCCUCAGCGGCUUCAGAAGUCCCGGAUGCCCCGAGACCUCAGUCCUCAUCCUCAAAAGAUAGGGCCACGGAUGAAGAUAAGAGCAAAACCACGAAAUCAUCUCCUACCUGCAGCAUCCCUUCUUUCACCCCGACAAAAAAAACCAGGCCUAAUCAUGGCAGUUCACCGCCCAAAAAGAGAGGGACACAGCCAUUUGAGAUCGCACUAAAGAUAAAGAAGCUUCUCGCAAAGUCCCUGAUGCAAACGAAGAAAACAGGUCUUGUCUAUGUUAUGGAAGCACCCAAAUUCUUCUCCACCUUUGAACCAGCAGCCUCUGCAGAUGAGCUGUGGUUGAAGAUCGGCUUGACAACCGACUUGGACCAACGUCUUGAAAGGAUAGAAGAACAAUGUGGUAUUGCUGAGAUCAAAGCAAUUGGCACUUCGGAUUUGGGCUGUCCGAUGGACCUCGCUGACAGGAUCGAAAAGCUAUGCCACGAGCAAUUAGCACCUUUCCGCAGGCCUUUCAAUUGUGGGUCUGGAAGAUGUCCAACCGAACAGCAUAGGGAGUGGUUUGCGGUUGAAAAGGACGUGGCAAUACGUACGAUGAAGCUGUGGAAGAACUUCAUGGAUCACAAGCCCUAUGAUGCCGAUGGUAAGGCAUUGAGUUACCCAUGGAGACGUUCAUUGGCGGAUAAGGAGAAGUUUCGAUUGUUGGAGGCGAACGGUCAAGAAUCAGAGCGAGACUUGUUACACCGGUCGUUAGAGACAUGGAUCAAGGUGACGGCUGAGGAACAGAACGUUGCUGGGGAAUUGUCCAUUACGGCCCCGUUACGGCUCAAGCCUCCUCUAGCAUUCCAAGACGUAAUUCCUACACUAUUCGCUGGAGUACUGCAAAAGAUCAUAGACGGCGUCGACUUUAGCUUGCUAUUUUCGAUGAUAAGCGGUAGUUGGAAGAUUAACUUGGUGAGCUACAAUGUGGUGGCCGUGGACGAGAAUGGUGUUGAUGAUGAGCUGAAAUACUUCCCGAUAAGGAUUCAAUUGUGGGCUAUCGAAACAUAUCUCCCAAUGCUUCCCUCGGGACUGUGUCCAGUGGGUGACAGUGGUGGUCGACUACGACAUCUUGGUAAAUCGAGAAGACUAACAAAUGCGGCCAAAUUAGUGAGGAUGCAGGAGAUGCCAUAUCGUGAUAAUGAUGUGUUACGAGCUUACCGGACGCAGGUAAACUGUCGGGCGCCCUUUGACAUGACUUGGCCGCAAUUCACGAAUGGGGUAGACCGGUCAAAACAAAACUUGUAUAUCCGUGCGACACCGAUUCACAACAAGGCUCCCGUGUUCUUGAGUAGGCUCAGCGCGCAUCCAGUCUAG